AUGGCGCGGGCUGUUGCCCAUCGACCGAUCUUCUUGUCGGUUUCGAAAGCGGCCUCAGAUGGCAAAGUCAAGUGGAAGUUCAUUGUGGACCAUGCGGCUCCGCCCAUGUCUGCCCACGCGCAGGCUCUCAUGAUCGAGCAGGUCCUUGCCUUGAUGAAUAUUGUCCCCAUGUACGAGACGGUCGAUCGAGGGCAUCGGCACACCGGCACGCAGAACCCCCGGAUCCUCUGCAUCGCGGUCAUGACGAUGGUGGCGCUCACGGCGGCGGUGAUGACGAGCACGAAGAUUUUGAUCGGCGAGCUCGACGUGAUGGCGCUGCUGCUGCUGUCCGCCAGAGUAGUGCUGGCAACACGCCGCGAGCGCGAGCUCAUUACAGCGCUGGCGGCUCCAGGCCAAUGGACGCGGUCCACAGAGCCCAGAUCCUCCGCUGAACCGUGGUUCCCGUGGAUUCAAGGAGACGGCCAAUGCUCGGAGGCAACAUUGCCUGCUGCUGAUGCUGCCAUCGACCCCGUGCCAGCAACGCCCGAGAUGGCUGCUGCCGUGGAUGACGCAGAGCUAAAGGCGCUCGCUUUCUCCCAGGCUGCUUCCGCCAUCUCCCACGCGGACCCAAUGUGCAAUCCUGGCGAGGCCUCGAAGGCCACGGUUUCGAGGGCCCAGGAUCUCGAGGUCGAGGCCCUCGCUGCUUGCGCCGAGGCAGCGGAGCUCCUCAGAGGCGAGAGGCGCCGGGCUCCCGAGCUGGGAGGUGAGAUCCGGGACAAGCUCGUCCAGAUUCAGUCUUUGCUCGAUCAGACCCGUGGUCCAACUGCGCAGGCCUGGGACAGAAAAGUCAAGGAGAACGUGUCCCAGGCGACAGUGCCCUUCGAGGUGCUGUCCAGAUCGAUCGAAGGAUUCCCGAAGAAAGUGCUCAAGGACUCCUGCUACUUUGUCGAGACCUUUGGCAAUGCGAUUCUGGAGGAGAGCUGGAUCUAUGCGGUUCGCGGGCCGGAAGCCACGUGGACCCCUGGAGAGCCGAUCCCCGAUCAUGAGGUGUUGCACAGCAUGUUCUUGCCAUUCGUAGCCAAGAUCAAGGCGCUGGGGCGCCACUGGUCGUCUGACGCGGCCCGGCCGCGCAUGAGCGCUGGGGAGCCGCCCUGGAGGGCGUCCAGCAAGAGGACAGAUUCGGACCUGUGUGCCUCUCUGCUCUCUUCCGCGCGCGUGCGCGGGUGCUGGCCCGCCGACGCGCUGGCAUUCGAGAUCUGCUGCAGCGAGCUGGCCCGGCAGGCGAUCAACAGCGCCGUCCAGCAGGCGGGCACCCAGGUCGCGCAACAGGCUGCGAGGGAAACGUUCCAGCGCGAGCAGGCGACAUGCUGCGCCAACGCGUUCGAGUACAAGCGGCUGCUUUGUCGCUUCGCCCGUUGGAUGUAUCGAUGCUUUCUGUCUCGUCCGUACGGGCGAUCACCCGUGGCGUCGAUGGUUGACGCAAGCGACCCCUGCGAGACGGCACCCAGUUUGGAAAAGUCUUCACGUGGUUGCAGCCUUUGCCGCCGAUCCUGCCGCAGAGAGUUUGUGUUGUGGACGCCGCUCUGGUCGUGA